GUUACACCUGAGAGUGAUGCACGAUGUUGUACGUAACGGUCUGCCCACAAUGUCGUAGAUGGUUACGUACACCAUCGUACAUCACAAGCGACGGCUCUCUGCGCGGUCGCCGCGGAGUCAAAGGUGCCGGGCCUCCUCUUUUAUGUCUCAUCGAUCAUAAGCGGACCACCAACUUGAAGUAUCCAAUGUACAUCCACUCUUGACUGGGAGCAUCAACUUCCUUUUGCAACGAUCCGGAUUCAGGCUGUCCAUCAAGUACCCCACUCUCGAGGCCUUCGUUCCGCUCAAUCUCCCGUCUACGUGCUGAGAUCUCAAUCCUACACUUGCCUUCCACCGCCACUAUGCUGCAUCUUUAUCUUUUCUUAUUGACGGUCUUUUGCACGGGCGUACUGGCACGGUCGCCAAGCACCCUCGACACUAGGCAGUGUGUGUUCUGCCCCGAGGUCAUCCCGGUAUGCCAGUGUCCCCCGAACCUGCAAUGCGUCAUUGUCGCGCGCUCGUGCACGGCUUGCGCCAGCGCGGAAUGUGUCUCUGCCUCAGGCAGCGUUGUGGUCUCCCGGAGUGAAAUCCUGCCGUCGUUCUCCCUGAGCAUCCUCCGACCGCCUCCGGUAUCGCACUCCACACCGGUGCCAUCGACCUCGUCCGCUUCCAGCGUCGCGACAUCUCAGGCCUCGUCCACUGCACCGGUGUCAAGCCCCCUUCCCUCUUCGUCGACUUCAUCCCCGUUCUCGUCUGCCCCGACAUCAGCCUCAGUUUCGUCUCCCUUGCUGCCGAGUGCAAGCUCCUCAGCUCCGACUGCAGCGCCUUCCAGCACAGGGACUGGGGCAGGCGUGCGAAUCGCGGGAGUUUGGCCGGCUGGAUUCAUCCCCGCGCUGUUGGGCUUACUAGCCAUGUCAUUCUAAACAGAUCUGUACCAGCAUCCAGAAGAGAUGGUGUAUGUCAUCAGUGCACUCCUGAGAUG